AUGAGCAUGUCGGACGUAGAAGACGACAGAUUUCACGUCACGUGUGAAGGCAACUCCCAUCUGAGUGAUUCAAAAUGGGAGACAUUCGGCCGCAUGAGUGUGCUCAUGGGCAAACCCGCCAUUCGUGGCAUGUUGGAGUCUCUAAGCAGAGACCAGCAACACGCUGCUAUCAACAAGCUCCUACAAGGGGAACUUGCCGUCGAAGACAAAAGAUAG